AUGGGAGUUCGUUGCUCUAAACACUCUCUAUGCUGCUGUUCUUCCAAAAUCAAAUCAAAUAAUCAAAAUCUCUCUGAUAAUGAUGAUGAUGGUGUUGGUGGGAGCAAGAAGCUGAAGGAUCCUUCUGUUGGUUUCACUGAGUUUAGUUUGGAUCAACUUAGAGUUGCCACCGAGGGAUUUUCGUCUGACAACAUUGUUUCUGAACAUGGAGAAAAAGCUCCGAAUGUUGUUUAUAGAGGCUGUCUUGAAGAGGAUAGGUUGGUUGCUGUGAAGCGUUUCAACAAAUCUGCUUGGCCUGAUUCUCGACAAUUCCUUGAGGAAGCACGAGCUGUUGGGGAGUUGAGGAGUGAAAGAUUAGCUAACUUGAUUGGUUGUUGCUGUGAUGGAGAUGAGAGAUUGCUUGUUGCUGAGUUUAUGCCAAAUGAAACUCUCUCUAAGCAUCUUUUUCAUUGGGAAGCCCAACCGAUGAAAUGGGCAAUGAGAUUGAGAGUGGCUUUGUAUUUAGCACAAGCCUUGGAAUACUGCAAUAGUAGAGGAAGGGCACUGUACCAUGAUCUUAAUGCUUAUAGAAUUUUAUUUGAUCAGGAAGGAAACCCUAAACUCUCUUGUUUUGGACUCAUGAAAAACAGUAGAGAUGGCAGAAGUUAUAGUACAAAUUUAGCAUUCACUCCUCCAGAGUACUUGAGAACAGGAAGAAUCACCCCUGAGAGUGUAAUCUACAGUUUUGGCACCUUAUUGCUUGAUCUUUUAAGUGGAAAGCAUAUUCCACCAAGUCAUGCACUUGACCUUAUACGAGGCAAAAAUUUUCAAAUGCUGAUGGACUCGGGUUUGGAAGGUCAUUUUUCAAAUGAUGAUGGAACUGAGAUAGUGAGAUUAUCUUCGCGUUGUUUACAAUAUGAACCUCGUGAGAGACCAAAUGCCAAGUCACUCGUGACUGCUCUGACCCCCCUUCAGAAAGAAACUUCUGUUGUGUCAUAUGUUUUAAUGGGCCUACCGGAUAGGAGUCUAUCAUCAAAAGAAACAGUUUCGUUAACGUCUUUUGGCGAAGCUUGUUCAAGAAGAGACCUGACUGCAAUACAUGAAAUUUUGGAAAAGGUCGGGUACAAGGACGAUGAACAUGUUGCGAAUGAGCUGUCCUUUCAAAUGUGGACAAAUCAAAUACAAGAUACACUAAAUUUCAAGAAACGCGGCGAUUCUGCUUUUAUCGCGAGAGACUUCUCAACAGCCAUUGACUACUAUACGCAAUUCAUCGAUGGGGGAACCAUGGUAUCACCGACUGUGUACGCAAGGCGCUGCCUAUGCUACAUGAUGAACGACAUGGCGCAAGAAGCACUUGGAGACGCGAUGCAAGCUCAAUCGAUAUCUCCGACUUGGCCUACUGCAUUCUAUCUUCAAGCAGUUGCACUCUCUAGUCUUGGCAUGGACAAUGAUGCACAGGAAAGUCUCAAAGAUGGAACAACACUGGAAACUAGAAACCAUAGAAAUUGA